GGCUUAAAUCUCCAAAUAUGUAUGGAUCUCUCUCUUCUCCUUCUUCUUCUUAUAAUUGUAAGCAGUGACGCACCCAUUUCCAUCGUCCCUAUAAAUCUCAUCUCUCUCUUUCAGAAGCUGCCAAAGAGAGAGAGUCACAUUUUCUCCGGCCAGAAAUGAGCUCAUAAAAGAUUCUUCCGUUUACGUCUUCCUGAUUAUUAUCCGAAUCUCCGGCGGCGAGAUUUCACUCUCGAGAUUGGAGGAUUGUUAAGUUACUUGUGAUGUGUAGUGUUUUGAGGGGAUAAACUUCAAAAGCAGGGGAUUUUGUGUUUUUGUGUAUUGAGGAAGAAGAUGGGGUUUGAGCCGUUGGAUUGGUAUUGCAAGCCCGUGCCGAAUGGUGUGUGGACAAAGACAGUGGAUUAUGCAUUUGGUGCAUACACGCCUUGUGCUAUUGACUCUUUUGUGCUUGGCAUCUCUCAUCUGGUUCUGUUGAUCCUGUGUCUUUAUCGCUUAUGGCUCAUUUACAAGGAUCACAAAGUUGUCAAGUUCUCCUUGAGGUCUAAAUGGUAUAACUAUUUCCUGGCUCUUUUCGCUGCUUAUGGUACUGCUGAGCCUUUGUUUAGAUUGGUCAUGAGGGUCUCAGUCUUGGAUUUGGAUGGUGCUGGCUUCCCUCCGUAUGAGGCGUUCAUGUUGGUCCUUGAGGCUUUUGCUUGGGGUUCUGCAUUGGUUAUGACUGUUGUGGAAACUAAAACAUAUAUCCAUGAACUCCGUUGGUAUGUCAGAUUUGCUGUCAUUUACGCUCUUGUGGGAGACAUGGUGUUGUUAAAUCUUGUUCUCUCAGUCAAGGAGUACUAUGACAGUUUUAAACUGUAUCUUUACAUAAGCGAGGUGGCAGUUCAGGUUGCAUUUGGAAUUCUCUUGUUUGUGUAUUUCCCUAAUUUGGAUCCCUAUCCUGGUUACACACCAGUGCGGACUGAAAAUUCAGAGGAUGACGAGUAUGAAGAGCUUCCUGGAGGAGAAAAUAUAUGUCCUGAGAGGCAUGCGAAUCUAUUUGACAGAAUCUUCUUUUCAUGGUUGAAUCCGUUGAUGACUUUGGGAUCAAAACGGCCUCUCACGGAGAAGGAUGUAUGGCAUCUGGACACUUGGGAUAAAACUGAAACUCUCAUGAGGAGCUUCCAGAUGUCCUGGGAUAAGGAACUAGAAAAGCCCAAACCAUGGCUCUUGAGAGCACUGAAUAGCAGCCUUGGGGGAAGGUUUUGGUGGGGUGGGUUCUGGAAGAUAGGGAAUGACUGUUCACAAUUCGUGGGGCCUCUUCUACUUAAUGAGCUCCUAAAGUCAAUGCAACUUAAUGAACCAGCAUGGAUAGGUUACAUCUACGCAAUCUCAAUCUUUGUUGGAGUGGUAUUAGGGGUUCUAUGUGAAGCUCAAUAUUUCCAAAAUGUGAUGCGUGUUGGUUACCGGCUAAGGUCUGCACUGAUUGCUGCUGUGUUCCGAAAAUCAUUGAGGCUAACUAAUGAGGGCCGUAAGAAGUUUCAAACAGGAAAAAUAACAAACUUAAUGACGACUGAUGCUGAGUCGCUGCAGCAAAUCUGCCAAUCACUUCAUACCAUGUGGUCAGCACCAUUUCGUAUAAUUGUAGCGCUGGUUCUCCUCUACCAACAAUUGGGUGUUGCCUCGAUCAUCGGUGCAUUGUUUCUAGUUCUUAUGUUCCCUAUACAGACUGUUAUUAUAAGCAAAACACAAAAGUUAACAAAAGAAGGGUUGCAGCGUACUGACAAGAGAAUAGGCCUAAUGAAUGAGGUUUUAGCCGCAAUGGAUACAGUGAAGUGUUAUGCUUGGGAAAACAGUUUCCAGUCCAAGGUUCAAACUGUACGUGAUGACGAAUUAUCUUGGUUCAGAAAAGCACAACUCCUGUCAGCGUUCAAUAUGUUCAUACUAAACAGCAUUCCUGUCUUCGUGACUGUUGUUUCAUUUGGUGUCUUCUCAUUGCUUGGAGGAGAUCUGACACCUGCAAGAGCGUUUACGUCACUUUCUCUAUUUUCUGUGCUUCGUUUUCCUUUAUUUAUGCUUCCGAACAUUAUAACUCAGAUGGUAAAUGCUAAUGUAUCCUUGAACCGUUUGGAGGAGGUACUAUCGACGGAAGAGAGAGUUCUCUUACCAAAUCCUCCCAUUGAACCUGGACAGCCAGCUAUCUCAAUAAGAAAUGGAUACUUCUCCUGGGAUUCAAAGGCGGAUAGGCCAACCUUGUCAAACAUCAACUUGGACAUACCUCUUGGCAGCCUAGUUGCGGUGGUUGGCAGUACAGGAGAAGGAAAAACCUCCCUGAUAUCUGCUAUGCUUGGGGAACUUCCUGCAAGAUCUGAUGCUACAGUUUCUCUUAGAGGAUCAGUCGCUUAUGUUCCACAAGUUUCAUGGAUCUUUAACGCAACAGUACGUGACAAUAUAUUGUUUGGGGCUCCUUUUGACCAAGAGAAAUAUGAAAGGGUGAUUGAUGUGACAGCACUGACGCAUGACCUUGAGUUACUUCCCGGUGGUGAUCUCACGGAGAUUGGAGAAAGGGGUGUUAACAUCAGUGGGGGACAAAAGCAGAGGGUUUCUAUGGCCAGGGCCGUUUACUCAAAUUCCGAUGUGUGCAUCUUAGAUGACCCAUUGAGUGCCCUUGAUGCGCAUGUUGGUCAGCAGGUUUUUGAAAAAUGCAUAAAAAGAGAACUAGGACAGAAAACGAGAGUACUUGUUACAAACCAGCUCCACUUCCUAUCACAAGUGGAUAAAAUUCUUCUUGUCCAUGAGGGAACAAUAAAAGAGGAAGGAACAUAUGAAGAAUUGUGCAAUAGUGGCCCAUUGUUCCAGAGGUUAAUGGAAAAUGCAGGGAAGGUUGAAGAAUAUUCAGAAGAAAAUGGAGAAGCGGAAGCAGAUCAAACGUCUGUAAAACCAGUUGAAAAUGGAAACACCAAUAAUCUCCAGAAGGAUGGAGGCGAGACAAAGAAAUCCAAAGAAGGAAACUCUGUGCUUGUCAAGCGAGAAGAACGUGAAACUGGAGUUGUGAGUUGGAAAGUCCUGGAGAGGUACCAGAAUGCACUUGGAGGUGCAUGGGUAGUGAUGAUGCUCCUUAUAUGCUACGUCUUGACUCAAGUAUUCCGGGUUUCAAGCAGUACUUGGUUGAGUGAGUGGACUGAUGCAGGAACUCCAAAGACUCAUGGACCCCUAUUCUAUAAUAUUGUCUAUGCGCUUCUUUCUUUUGGGCAGGUCUCUGUGACAUUGAUCAAUUCAUAUUGGUUGAUUAUGUCCAGUCUAUAUGCAGCUAAAAAGAUGCAUGAUGCUAUGCUUGGUUCCAUUUUAAGGGCUCCAAUGGUCUUCUUUCAAACUAAUCCAUUAGGACGGAUAAUCAAUCGAUUUGCAAAAGAUAUGGGUGAUAUUGAUCGAACUGUGGCAGUCUUUGUAAACAUGUUUAUGGGUUCAAUUGCACAGCUUCUUUCAACUGUUAUCUUGAUUGGCAUUGUCAGUACUCUGUCCUUGUGGGCCAUCAUGCCACUGUUGAUCGUGUUCUAUGGAGCUUAUCUGUAUUACCAGAACACAUCUCGUGAAAUUAAACGUAUGGAUUCCACUACAAGAUCGCCAGUUUAUGCUCAAUUUGGAGAGGCAUUGAAUGGACUCUCUAGUAUCCGUGCUUAUAAAGCAUAUGAUAGGAUGGCUGAAAUUAAUGGAAGGUCAAUGGAUAAUAACAUCAGAUUCACACUUGUAAACAUGGCUGCAAAUCGGUGGCUGGGAAUCCGUUUGGAAGUUUUGGGAGGUCUCAUGGUUUGGUUGACUGCAUCAUUAGCUGUCAUGCAGAAUGGAAGGGCAGAGAACCAACAAGCAUUUGCAUCUACGAUGGGUUUACUUCUCAGUUAUGCUCUAAGUAUCACCAGCUCCUUAACAGCUGUACUGAGACUUGCCAGUCUAGCUGAGAAUAGUUUAAACUCGGUUGAGCGUGUUGGAAAUUAUAUUGAGAUACCAUCAGAGGCUCCAUUGGUCAUUGAAAACAAUCGGCCACCUCCCGGAUGGCCAUCAUCUGGAUCCAUAAAAUUUGAGGAUGUUGUUCUUCGUUACCGCCCUGAGUUACCUCCUGUUCUUCAUGGGGUUUCAUUCUUGAUUUCUCCAAUGGAUAAGGUGGGAAUUGUUGGAAGGACAGGCGCUGGGAAAUCAAGCCUCUUGAAUGCCUUAUUCCGGAUUGUGGAGCUGGAAAAAGGAAGGAUCUUGAUCGAUGAAUGUGACAUUGGCAGAUUUGGACUGAUGGACCUACGUAAAGUGCUCGGAAUUAUACCACAAGCGCCAGUUCUUUUCUCAGGUACUGUGAGAUUCAAUCUUGACCCAUUUAGUGAACACAAUGAUGCCGAUCUUUGGGAAUCGCUUGAGAGGGCACACUUGAAGGAAACUAUCCGCAGAAAUCCUCUUGGUCUUGAUGCUGAGGUAUCUGAGGCAGGAGAGAAUUUCAGUGUUGGACAGAGACAGUUGUUAAGUCUUGCACGUGCAUUGUUACGAAGAUCUAAGAUACUUGUUCUUGAUGAAGCAACUGCUGCUGUUGACGUUAGAACUGAUGUACUCAUCCAAAAGACAAUCCGAGAAGAAUUUAAGUCAUGCACGAUGUUAAUCAUCGCUCAUCGUCUCAAUACCAUCAUCGACUGUGACAAAGUUCUCGUCCUUGAUUCUGGAAAAGUUCAGGAAUUCAGUACACCAGAAAAUCUUCUUUCAAAUGGAGAAAGUUCUUUCUCGAAGAUGGUUCAAAGUACAGGAACUGCCAAUGCUGAGUACUUACGUAGUAUAGUACUUGAGAACAAGCGUACAAGAGAUGAAUCAUCACAACCUUUAGAAGGUCAGAAGAAAUGGCAAGCUUCUUCUCGUUGGGCUGCAGCUGCUCAGUUUGCUUUGGCUGUGAGCCUCACUUCAUCUCACAACGACCUUCAAAGCCUUGAAAUAGAAGACGAUAACAGUAUUUUGAAGAGAACAAAAGACGCCGUCGUCACUCUACGCAGUGUUCUUGAAGGGAAGCAUGAUAAAGAGAUUGACGAAUCUCUUAACCAAAAUGACAUCUCUAGAGAGCGGUGGUGGCCAUCUCUUUACAAGAUGGUCGAAGGGCUUGCGGUGAUGAGCAGAUUGGCCAAGAACCGAAUGCAACACCCAGAUUACAAUUUAGAAGGGAAAUCCUUUGACUGGGACAACGUCGAGAUGUAAACGACUAACAGCUUACAUUACUUGACCUAAAAGUCCCAUUUUGAUGAACAUUUUACUUGUGUUGCUUUGGAUACACGGAACAAAAUGCCCAUUUUAUUGUGGUGUAACUAUAGUAAGGCUGAAUGAAGAGUGUUGGGUUUACCUUUUACCCGAGGAUUGGAUGAUAGACACAAUUGGAAUUCAUCUUUAGAGUAAACUAAAAAAAACAUGGUUUGAACUUUGAA